AUGAGUGAUUCCUCAAUCAGGUUUGAUCUCGGCUCAAGAAUCUUGUCUAAAUUACAGUUCUAUUAUUAUCGUAGGGCACAUUACAAUGUUAUUUUGAAGGCAAUUGAGGUGGGUCAUGAUGUUCUACAACUUCCCACAGAUGUAUUGGAUAGUCAGUCUGGGAAAGCGGUGGUAAUUGAUAGUGGUACAACCUUGGCAUAUCUUGCAGAUGACAUGUUUACCCCACUAAUGGAAAAGCCCACGCUUAGAAAUAUUAAUUUAGAGGUUCGAGCUGGUGAAAAGGUGGCUCUAUGUGGAGAUGUCGGUUCAGGCAAAUCGAUUCUUCUGGCUGCAAUCCUAGGAGAGGUUCCAAAUAUCCAGGGAACUAUUGGGGGAAAUUUUGUUGUCGAUGACCAAUUUGGAUCCAUUUGCUCUAUUUUACAAAUUCAUGUAUAUGGGACUAUUGCCUAUGUUUCUCAAUCAGCAUGGAUCCAGAGCGGAACAAUAAGAGAGAAUAUUUUCCUUGGGUCGGGAUUGGAUAAUGAGAGAUACCAGGAAACAUUAGAGAAGUGUUCCUUGGUAAAGGACCUUGACUUGCUACCCUACGGUGACCUCACUGAAAUAGGCGAAAGAGUGGUUAACCUCAGCGGUGGUCAGAAGCAGCGGAUCCAACUUGCUCGUGCACUAUAUCAGGAUGCUGAUAUAUAUCUAUUGGAUGACCCAUUCGGCGUUGUUAAUGCACACACUUGUUCGAGCCUAUUUAAUGAAUAUGUUAUGGCAGCUCUUUCAACGAAGACGGUCUUACUUGUCACCCGCCAAGUGGAUUUUCUUCCUGCAUUUGAUUCUGUUUUGUUGAUGUCAGAUGGAGAAAUUCUACAAGCAGCUCCUUACCAUCAGUUACUGGCUUCAAGUCGAGAAUUUCAAGACCUUGUCAAUGCACACAAAGAAACUGCUGGCGCUGAAAGGCUUGAAGACGUAUCUUCUUCUCAGAAGCGUGAAACGUCUACCAAAGAGAUCAAAAAAACUCAUACUGGUGAGAAAUCUAAAGGGGACCAGUUGAUUAAACAAGAAGAGAGAGAAGUAUGAGGCAUCGGUCUUAAGCCUUACAUGCAAUACUUAAAUCAGAACAAAGGCUACUUGCUUUUCUCCGCGACUUCUAUCUGCCACCUUGCAUUCGUGAUUGGUUCAAUACUACAAAACUCUUGGAUGGCCGCUAAUGUUGAAAAUCCUAAUGUCACCACAUUGCGAUUGAUUGUAGUUUACUUGGUGAUUGGAUUUACUUCGACA